GUAAUGAGAAGUUCAUCUUGGUCCGAAAACAAUGUGGCCAAGUAAAGCAAGUUGACUCAAGUCAAGUAAGACGCGAAGAACAAGUCUCGACAAGAAGAUACUGCAACCAACUUCGGUGGAAUCUCUCCGUCCCGACUUUCAGAUCUACGAAACCCUUUGUUGACUGGCGUUCGCGCCUUCAAUCGAGUUGUUAGCAGACCACGCAAGGGUCUCCGCCAUCUGAAUUCACACCGCCCGCACAUCGCGUUUGCCCCAGACUCCGCAUCUUCCGUGGUCACUUAGUCGCAACCUUACGAACGUGAUACGGAGCUGUUUGCUUCUUCGAGACAAAAUCAUCAUUCAAGCGACAGAAGAUUUUGUUCUCCCGAUGGAAUCCGCGCAUACUGGCUCUCUCAAGGCCGAUGCGCUACGGCGCGAGAGCUUCGGAUCUCAGAACUCCCAGACGGCGAAAGAAUUUAUUGACUCUCAGAUUCGUCUUGAGGCUGAUGCUCGAGAGGUCCUACCAUAUUCCUUUGACUCUUGCACUCAUGACCUCGGCCCACUACGCCAGAACCUUUUCGCCUGUCUGACUUGCAAUCCGCCUCCCUCGAGCCCUGAUGAUGAUUACACUCCCGCUGCCGUGUGCUACUCCUGCUCCAUCGCAUGCCAUGGCGAGCACACCUUGGUCGAACUGUUCAACAAGCGCAACUUCGUCUGCGAUUGCGGUACGAAUCGUAUGCCUUCUACCUCCCCGUGUACCUUGCGCGAAGAUCCGAAUACCGGCCGAAAGGGCGUUCACUCACAAGAAGCUGCCCCGGGCAACAAAUACAACCACAACUUCCGCAAUCAGUUCUGCGGCUGUGGCGAGAAGUAUGACCCGCACCAAGAGAAGGGCACGAUGUUCCAAUGUCUAGGUCUCGGUAGUGUCGAGACUGGAGGCUGUGGCGAGGACUGGUGGCACCCAGAGUGUCUUAUUGGACUGUCGCGCGAUUGGUACAAGAAUCUCGCAAACAAGAAGUCCGUGGGUUUUGGUGGUGACAGUACUGCUGAAGAUGCUGUCGAAGUCUCCGACGACAACGGCGAAACUCCUCUCCCGCCUGGAUUUCCGGCCGAGGAGGACUUUGAACAGUUGAUCUGUUUCAAGUGUAUCGAUUCUACCCCGUGGCUCAAACGAUACGCGGGAACUCCAGGCUUCCUAUCACCGGUAUAUCGAAACGGGGGAAUUGGCAAAACAGCGCCAACAGCGCAAGAGAAACCAGCUCCUGCAGAGACCACAAAGCAAGAGGACAACCCAAAGAAACGCAAGGCUGAUGAGGAUGAGCCCGCCCAAGAAGCGCCCUCCACAAAGCGCACCAAAGAGGACGACGUAUCUAUAAAAGAACCCGAACCAUCCAAACUCGCCACCAUCAAAGAGAACGAACCUUCUCCCGACCAAUCCACCGCCACCCAACCACCUUCAAAGCCCAAGCACGCCUCCCUCCCCUUAUCAACCCCAGAAGCAUCCUUCUCCCUCUUCCUGCUCGAAAACUUCCACGAUCACCUUUGUCGCUGCGCAGAGUGUUUCCCAAAACUAGCACCCUUCCCGCAACUCCGCGAGGAAGAAGAAACAUACGAGCCACCCCUCUCCGACGAUGGCGAGGGCGGUAACGCAGCCGGCAGUACUGGCACAGGUAGUCUGCUCGAGCGCGGCGAAGCGGCUCUCAGCAAUGUUGACCGAGUACGUGCCAUCGAAGGCGCGAUGAUCUACAAUCAUCUUCGCGAUAAGGUGAAGGAUUUCCUCAAGCCGUUUGCGGAGAGUGGUCAGGCUGUUAGCGCGGAGGAUAUCAAGGGGUAUUUUGAGAAGUUGCGUGGUGAUGAACAGGGCAUUAAAGAUGCCGCUGGUAGGGCUUCGGCUAUGGGAGAUGGCGGCGGUGAUACUGAAGGUGAUAAUCGCCAAGAACAGAAUGGGUACUAAUUGUGCGAGAGACUGGGUUUUGGGAUGAGAAUCUUGCGCCUGUAUUUUACUUGCUGGAUUAUGUUAUGGGACUGUGCUGUACCUAUGAUGUUCUGGAACAGCUUAAUGGGUAUGUACUACUUAUGGGAUCGACUCGGACAACUUCAGGAUUGGGGCAUGGGAAGGGAAUGGGACUAGGCACUAGGAACUAGGAACUAUGCAAGGCGCAAUACGAUUGACGGAAAAUCUUCAUGAGAUUCAUGCGAUGCGAAAUGGUAUCUAAUAGGUAAACCCCCAAACACGCCAGAAACGCCACCCCAAAGUAUAAACCCCUGCUCGUGUAGCUCAAGAGACAAACAGUAACCCCCAUCAUGUGCUUUAUGUUAAGAAAUUGGACUAUUAAAUCGUAGGCACCAAGGCAGGUGAACAAGAGAGGACAUCACUCCUUGAGACGCUUCGUGGCUCUCAAAAGAGAGUCAUCGGGCAAACCGCUACGCUUGGUACCAGGCAGACUACCGGUACGUAUAUCAUUAUCAUCCUGCGUGACACGACGAUGUGGGUACUUGUGCUCGAUGCCAUUGAAACAAUCCCCGCUGAUAGGACCUCCAUUCGCGAAGUAAGGGUGCUCCAGAGCUUCCUGAGCCGUGAUUCGCUUCGUAGGGUCGUACUCGAGCAUGCGUGAAAGUAGAUCAAAGCCGUCUGCGCCUGGAGUCCCCGUCUUUGACGUGGCAGAGUACCCUCCAUUUUUCAGACAGCUCUGGUACCAGCCCUCCAGAUUUGGGCCGCGGUGGAAAUGAGAGGGCUGUCGAUGCAGUACUAAUGACUGCAGUUGGGUAUAUUCGGGCAUAGCAACGAGACCCGGCCACGUUUCCUUGCGAGGGAGGCCGAGAAUCUCAACGAUCUUCAUCAUCUGGUUGCGCUGGAAGGGAACAGUCUUUUUGCUGUCCAUCUUGGCUUCCUCUCCUUUGAAUAUCGGACGCAAGGAUAGGAGCUCAGCAAAGAUGCACCCUACUGCCCACAUGUCAACGGCCGGGGUGUAGUGUCGACUACCCAGGAGAAGCUCUGGAGCCCGGUACCAUAUCGUGACAACCACCUUGUCUCCAGAGAAUAGAGAAUUGAGGGGUUUGUAGAAUAGACGGGCCAGGCCCAGAUCGCCGAUUCGAAUGGCUCCGCUGGACGUAACUAAGAUGUUGGCCGGCUUGAGGUCACGAUGCAAGACCCAGUUGGUGUGAAGAUACAACAAGCCAUUCAGCAGCUGGAAGAGAAUUGACCGGACCAUUGUGGCAGGGAUCGCGUGCCGCUGGGGUUGUGUGUGAUGAUGGAUGAUCUGGAGUAAAUCGUGCUCCGUAUACUCGAAGACCAUAAAGAUGCAUUUGUCCUCUAGGAUAAUCUCUUCCAGCUGGACAACAUUGGCGUGCGAAAGCUCGGUACAGAGAGCCAUCUCACGGAUAGCCGAUUGGGAGAGACCGGUAUACUGGAUCGAUUCGCCCUCCUUGUCCGGCUUGAAUCUACAUUUUGCAGGUUAGUUCCUGGCCAGAUACAGUAUAGGGUAGAAAGUCAAGGUCAGGAUCAG